GACUUGAGCCAGAACAGGAAGUUCUCUGAGAUAGACAACACAGAAAGCCGGUGUAGUUUUUUAACUGGAUUUCUGUAAGAAAGAAAGCCUCAUGGCCGCGGGAGGGAUGAAACUGUCGAGUUUAUGCUGUCUGCUCUUGUGUUUGAUAGCGACAGUGCUCGCAGGGAGAGAUUUCUACAAGAUCCUCGGAGUGAGUAAAUCAGCAUCUAUUAAAGAAAUCAAAAAAGCCUACAGAAAGCUGGCACUGCAGCUGCAUCCUGACCGAAACCAAGACGACCCCAAAGCCCAGGACAAAUUUGCAGAUCUUGGAGCUGCUUAUGAGGUGCUGUCAGAUGAGGAAAAGAGGAAACAGUAUGAUGCUUAUGGAGAAGAGGGACUGAAAGAAGGCCAUCACAGCUCACACGGUGAUAUCUUUUCUAGUUUCUUUGGAGACUUUGGGUUUAUGUUUGGUGGGAACAGACAACAACAAGACCGAAACAUUCCAAGAGGAAACGACAUUGUGCUGGAUCUUGAGGUUACACUGGAGGAAGUUUAUUCUGGAAAUUUUGUAGAGGUGGUUCGAAACAAACCUGUUGCCAAAGAGGCCCCAGGCAAAAGGAAAUGCAACUGUCGCCAGGAGAUGAGAACCACGCAGCUCGGGCCAGGCCGCUUCCAAAUGACCCAGGAAGUAGUCUGUGAUGAAUGCCCUAAUAUUAAACUUGUGAAUGAAGAGAGGACAUUAGAAGUGGAGAUCGAGCAGGGAGUGAGGGAUGAGAUGGAGUACCCCUUCAUUGGUGAAGGUGAACCCCAUAUUGACGGAGAACCUGGAGAUCUUCGCUUCCGCAUUAAAGUCUUAAAGCACCCGGUAUUUGAGCGCAGAGGCGAUGACCUGUACACAAAUGUAACAAUCACCCUGGCAGAGGCUCUGGUUGGCUUUGAAAUGUUUAUCAAACAUUUGGAUGGCCACCAGGUUCACAUUGUGAGGGAUAAAAUUACCAAGCCUGGAGCUCGAAUCUGGAAGAAGGGUGAAGGACUUCCCAACUUCGACAACAACAACAUCCGUGGAUCGCUUAUAAUAAGCUUUGACGUAGACUUCCCCAAGGAUCAGUUUAAUGAAGACGAGAAAGCUGAUAUUAAGAAGCUUUUGAAGCAGACGCCAUCUCAGAAGGUUUACAACGGUUUACAGGGAUACUGACACACCAGCCAACAAAACCAGGACUGAUUUCCCUGUCAAAUUCCAUACACCACGUAAACACACAAAAAAGAAGCAAGCAUGGAGGGUUUAUUUAUUUUCUCAGACUGUACUCAGGAUAGGUUGUCUGUACGUGUGUUUUUUGUUUUAUUUCUGAUUUGGGACACUUUUUUAAAAAACGUUUUCUUGAGGUAAGGUUAUGGAAAGCAGCAAGGAUUUUUUUUUUAUGAAACUCUCUUUUGUUUUGUUUUUUUCUCCCCUAUUUUUCCUUGUUUACAGCUUUUGUGAUUAUAGUUGCAAUGUUUGCAUUACAGUUUAAUAGUUUUUUCCCCUUUUCACCAGCUAUUACCCAAUCAUGAAUCAAUACUUUACUGGAACCGAACUGCCACAAGAAAAAACGUUAUAUCAGAGGACAUUUUACUUAAUUUUUAUUUAAUUUAUUUUUUUUUUUUAAAGAAAUACCUGCCUCUGUAUUGAAUGUUGUCAAGAUUUAAUAUUUCCUAAUUUUUCAGAAAGGGUUUAUAUGAAUGUGUUCUUUAUAUGUAGUUAUUUUGUUUAUCCUUGUACUUCCUUCUUGGAGAAUUUCCUGUUUUCCUUUAUUUGGGUCAUGAUUCUUAAUUGUAAAAUAUUUCCUCCACCUUUUUCUAUUUUUAACAUGUCAGACAUAACCUCCAUGACCUUGCCUAUGAUUAAAAGUUUUCAUCUGCUGCUAA